ACAGGAGUAUAAAUGCUUUCAAUUAAAUAUCACCAUGAUCGUCUGUGCUGUGGGAACGCAUAAACAACAAACUCCUUGCAAAGGCGAUUCCGGAGGAGCGACUUUUGCCGGGUUUAAUAGGGCUUAUUAUGCAGUGGGUCUAACCACCCUUUCACACACAACUCCUUGCCAACCAUCGAAAUCGAUCGCCUACACCAGAGUGAGCGCCUACAUCAAUUGGAUCAAACAGUACGUGGAGGAGCUUCCCAAGCCUUAUAAGUAUUUCGUACAAGUUGAAGAGUUAGAAAUCGAUACAGAACCUUUCGAAGUGCCAGAGCCUCCGAAGAAUAAGGACUCACCUUGA